AGCCACAGCGUCGCGAGGCAGCCAUGUCGCUAUUGUCUCCGCUCCUGCCCGCCCUGCGAGUCUAUUAUAUCGCCAUCCGCGUCGUGCUGCAUCAGCUGCUCCGCCGCCUCCGCCCGGGCUGCCCUUUCAAGCCAGUUUAUCCUCAGCAAAAUGGGAAUGUUGCCAUAGUGACUGGAGGCGCUAAAGGAAUUGGUUACCAUACUGUGAAGUAUCUGGUGAGACUCGGCAUGCACGUUAUAAUAGCUGGAAACAGUGAAAGUGAAGGCCAAGAAACUGUGAUGAAAAUAAAAGAAGAAACUUUGAAUGCAAAAGUGGAGUUUUUAUACUGUGAUUUGGCUUCCAUGAAGUCCAUACGUCAGUUUGUUCACACAUUUAAAGCGAAAAAUUGCCCUCUCCAUGUCCUAAUUAAUAAUGCUGCAGUGAUGCUGGUGCCUGAAAGGAAAACGGAGGAUGGGUUUGAAGAGCACUUUGGCAUAAACUAUUUGGGACACUUCUUGUUGACUAAUCUUCUCUUGGAAACACUGAAGCAGUCAGGAACCCACAACCACAAUGCUAGAAUUGUCACUCUCUCAUCAGCCACCCAUUAUGUAGGCGAAUUGCGUCUUAAUGACCUACAAAGCAGUUGCUUGUAUUCACCUCAUGGAGCCUACGCUCAAAGCAAACUUGCCCUUGUAUUGUUCAGCUAUUGGCUGCAUCAUCUCCUGACAGUGGAAAGGAGCCAUGUGACUGCUAAUGUUGUAGAUCCUGGAGUAGUGAAUACCGACCUGUAUCGGCAUAUCAGUUGGCCGGCAAAAUUGGUGAAGUGGAUGACGGGCUGGCUCCUUCUGAAGACACCAGAAGAGGGUGCAUCCACGUCAAUCUAUGCAGCAGUUUCACCAGAGCUGGAAGGAGUUGGCAGCUGCUAUCUCUAUAACGAGCAAAGGACAAAAUCUCUUGAUCUCUCCUAUGAUGAGGAUCUGCAGAGAAGACUCUGGACAGAAAGCUGCAAGCUUGUUGGGAUUCCUGAUGCAGUCCUGUAGACAGGUCUCAAAAAAUAGCCAUGGCUUGCUGCAUGAAUGCAACACGUCUCACUGGCCUGUACCAUGCAGCAUCACCCAUAUUUCCGGAAUUCACUGUUCAGUCACACGGGCAAAAUAUGAACUCUGUUUGAGCUACCAGACUGGUGGUGAUGGUGGGCAAGAUAUUUCCAGCCAGAAUUGUGUGUCCGGUGGUUUUGAACUUAA